AUGUGUGCAGGGAGUGGCGUUCAAUUGCUCAAACCGCUUGCGCGUUCCCCACAGUGCGAUGGAUUUGGGCCUGGACCCGCCGCUUCUCGUCCUGUGACACCUUCCAGCCACAACCUCCUCUCCCUCUCCUCUUUCCCAACAAUCGUAACAUUCUCCCUUCUACACCAUGUACACAUUAACGAUAUCAAAAUGUACGCCCGAUCAAUCGCGAUAGCACCGCUUAAAAUGCCGUCUGCUAGUUCGACAGCUGUGGCUGCAGCUGCAGCUAAGGCAGCGCCUGGCCUGGACAUCCGUCACGACGAAUCGCUUGGAGAACUGAUAUAUAAACUUCAAGCAUACUUUGUCGAUAUUAUCGAUACUCCUUUUACUUUCGAUCAAUUGCGAACUACUACGUUCUCCACCCGUUUGCGGCCCCUGAUAACAGCACUCUCUCAAAAUUGUCACCACCCGGCGAUUGUUGCUGCUUUACUCUGCUGUAAAGCCAUCUUUGCGAAUGAAGAUGACGACCGAGGACUCAAUGAAUCCCGUGGUUAUGCUGCCGAAAUUGUCGCCUGGAGGUUCUGCGCUCAUCUGAACCAAUUCACCGAGGUUAUCGACUACCUCUGCUACGAAAUCCCCAACGACACUAAAUCGUUGUCAUCGGACUCCCGUCGUCCUUCAGCCGUCAACGAAUCAAGUCCCUUACUCGAAGACUCCUCCGGCUACUUCCCCCGCGACCUGGAUGGUACCCCUGCGAAGCACACUUUUGCAGGACUCUCAACCCUUGAGCUUGCUGUAGUGUGUGAUGCCAAGAAAUUUUUGUCUCAGAGGACGGUGCAGAAUGUCGUCAAUGGGAUUUGGGACGGGAGUAUAGUGUUUUGGCAGGACCUCCGGACUGAUUCACAGAAACGAGCUUCACUUUAUAAUCCUAAGAAGACGGAUCCGUAUUGUAGGCUCCGUGUCCCACGGUACCAACGGGUGUUUGAGGCGUGUUUUAAUGUCAUGUUUUUGGCAUUGUACUAUGGAGUUCUUGUGGAGAGGAAUAUGGAGAAAGUUAGUGUGAUAGAGUGGUGUCUGAAUGUGAUGUUUUUGAGCUUCUGCUAUGAGGAAGUUAGUCAGAUCACUGAUGCUGGAACAUUGUUCUACGCAGCGGACUUCUGGAGUUGGGCCGAUAUAUUGAUAAUUAUCAUUUAUACGGUGUUCUUCAUAUUCCGCAUGGUGGGACUGGCAAAGCAUGAUGCGGAUUUGAUCAAUACAUCAUUUGAUGUUUUAUCACUGGAAGCACUGUUACUACUACCGAGGAUAUUCUCGUUAUUCUCACUGACACCGUUCUUUGGAACGCUAGUGCCGGCACUAAGGCAGAUGACGAAAGACUUUAUCAAGUUUUUGGCGUUGGUGGUUAUUUUAUAUUUGGGAUUUUUGACGACGUUUACGUUGUUGGCGAGGGAUACGUUUAGUUUGGGGGAUAUGACUUGGUUGUUGAUUAAAGUAUUCUUUGGGAGUAGUUAUGUGGGUUUUGAUAUGAUGAAGAAGAUUUCGCCGGUGCUUGGGGCGCCGUUGAUGUUGAUAUUUGUUACUAUGACGAAUAUUUUACUUAUCACCUCCUUGAUAUCAUUGCUUAGCAAUUCAUUGUCGGUGGUGAUGAGUAAUGCAAGAGAGGAAUACCUCUUCAUGUUCUCCACCUUCGUUCUUGAAUCCGCUACCUCCUCAUCACGACUAACAUACUUCCAACCCCCACUAAACCUCCUCUCCCUCGCCGUCCGCCCACUCCGCCUCAUCCUCCCCGCACCACAUCUACGAGCUUUACGAAUCAAACUACUAAAAGCUACACAUUUCCCUCUGGUGGCGAUUAUAGUAAUGUAUGAACGUAUGAGGGGGAUGGAAGGGGAGAGUCUAAGGGAUAAAGUGUUUACCAUCGGUGGACAGAAGAGUUUUAGGAGUAGUCUAAAAGCGGCGGUUGAUAAACGGGAUCUUAGAAGUCAGGUUGGAGCGUUGAUGGAGAGGAGUGGGAGUGCUGGGAAACAUGAUGAUGGUCAUAAUCAUCAUGUUGGGGGGAGUGAUAAUGGCGGGAAAUGGAAUUCUGGAAGGGCGGAGAGGAAUAGACCGCCGCCAACGCCGGGGACUGGACCGUUGGAAACGGGGUUUGUGUGGCCGAAGGAUUCGGGUAGGAAGAGGGAGGUGGAGGAUGAGGGGGAUGGGAUUGGAGAUGGGAUUGGAGACGGGCUUGGAGAUGGGCUUGAGGAGAAUGUGGAUGAUGGGGUUGUGACAGUAAGGGAUUUGACGGCGCAGAUUGAGGGGUUGAGAGAGGAGUUGGGGAGGAAGAUUGAAGAGGUUGCGGAGCUUGUUAGGAGAGGAGGGAGGGGUUAG